CAGAUGUAGUUCGCGGUGUCAGUGCUUCACAGGGUCGACGUACGACGCCAAGCAAAGCUGUUUUACGAGUUCUCCUCCGCUAAAAGUUGACAUCUUCAAGUAUGCAGUCAGAAUCAGGAAUAGUUCCCGACUUCGAUGAUGGAGAAGACUUACAAGAGGAGCCAAAAACAUACUACGAGCUAAAGAGUCAGCCGUUGAAAUGCAGCCCGUCGGAGCAACGCAGCUCUUCCAAGCCUCCUCUCAGCUCCUCGGCCACAACCUCGCGCAUCCUGCUACGUCAACAGCUGAUGCGCGAGCAGCUUCAGCAGCAGGAGCGGCGGGAGCAGCGCAGGCAGCAGGACUCCCAGUACCCACAAACCACAGCUGCACAGACCCCUGCCAUCAAUGUCACCGUCCCUGCACCGGCCGCUGCACAGGUGCCCAUGGAAGUCCUGAAGGUGCAGACACAUCUGGAGAACCCGACCAAGUACCACAUCCAGCGCUCCCAGCAGCAGCAGGUCAAGCAGUACCUGGGAAAGCUUGGCUCACAGGUACUGAGCUUGCCCUGCCCCAACCAGUCCUCUGAUCACGGUGGCAUGCCGCCAGGGCCGGGCAACAGCGCCCCCAACAGCCCUAUGGCCUUACUGACCCUGAACUCCAACUGCGAGAAAGAGAUGGAUGAUGUCAUCGAUGACAUUAUUAGUCUGGAGUCCAGUUACAGCGACGAUAUCCUCGGCCUGAUGGACCCAGGACUUCAAAUGGCCAACACGAUCCCGGUGCCCGCCACCCUCAUGGACAUGUAUGCAAAUCAGGGUAUGCCCCAGCAAGGAUUGUCCGUCAGCAACUCCUGCCCUGCCAACCUGCCCAACAUCAAAAGGGAAUAUCCAGCAUCACAAUCUCCGGCCGUAAUGCACAUGUUGGAUAAGUCUGGAUCAUGUGGCAAAUUUGACAACUACCAGAGGCCUGAAGGCUUUCCAGUUGCUGAGGUAAGAGCUCUAGCAAAGGAGAGACAGAAGAAGGACAACCACAACUUGAUUGAGAGAAGACGACGGUUCAACAUCAACGAUCGAAUUAAGGAACUGGGAACUUUAAUUCCAAAGUCAAAUGACCCAGACAUGCGCUGGAACAAGGGCACCAUCCUCAAGGCGUCCGUGGACUACAUCAGGAAGCUGCAGCGUGAGCAGCAGAGGGCCAAAGAGCUGGAGAACUGUCAGAGGAAGCUUGAAAAUGCCAAUCGGCAUCUUAUGCUGAGGAUACAGGAGUUGGAGAUGCAGGCACGAGCUCACGGCCUGGCCAUCACGUCCUCGGCGCUGUGCUCCGCUGACCUGGUGGGCCGGAGGAUCAAGCAGGAGCCCGCUCUGGAGGACUGUCACCAGGACCUGUACACGCUCCGCCCCCACACGCAUCACCAGCAGCACCCCGCCUGCACGCCCGAGCACCCCGGCACCCUGGAGCGAAACGAGGGUCACCCCAAUUUCGCCGACGGUCACUACGGCAUUCACGGCAGGCCGGCCUCCAAACUCAACGACAUCCUCAUGGAAGACAACGUCUCGCCUGUGCGAGGCGGGGACCCUUUGCUCUCGUCAGUCUCCCCGGAUGCCUCAAAGGACAGCAGCCGCAAGAGCAGCGUAAGCAUGGAUGAGAAUGAGCAGGGCUGUUAGCGCCCCCUUCUGGACGAUCCCCUCCAUGCGGCUUCACUCUGGGCUGCCGGUGUUUUUUUUCAGCGUUUACACGUUUUCAGUCUUUGCUUUUCUUUUUUUUAUGUCGGUGUCUUUCGAAGACCUCAACCUUGAUUUUCAAGGAUUGGUUUUAACGUCUGUUAGCUUUAAUCGAAACGUUGAUGACAAUAGUUACACUUUUAGAGUUUUAUAUGUAAAAGAAAACGUAUUUAUCGUCGGGUAGAUGCCAAAUUCACUCUAUUUGUGGUGAUUCCAAAGAAUGUGAGGAAAUGACAAAUGAUGCUAACGCAGUAGAGCUUGUGGUGAGGAAGCGCUGCUUUUUUAAUCACAAUAGCAGUAAUAGAAGAAAGGUAUUUAUUACUGUAGUGCUUUACACUCCUUGUGUCUUCGAACUUGAACAUGUCGAUGCCUUAUUAUGACAUCAGUAUUGAAUCGCGAUGCACCUGCCGUGGUUGUUAGUCUUCAACGCAAACCUCUUUCUUGACAAAUUUAUCGGUUUUAGAUGGAAGCCAAAUGCUAUAUCUUGGUAAGUGGUUCAUACGUUCCCCUGCAACAUCAUUUUUCGUGAUCCUAACUGCAUUUUCUCCACGUCGUUUUUGAACGCGAGAAAAAAAAAGCACGACAAACAUUUAAUUCAAAACACAGCUGUUUGGCAAACAGUGGAAUUUUUAUUGCUCUUGUGACAGUAUGGAAACAAUGACGAGGGCCAUUAUGCUAUUUGGGUAAUGUUACCGAAAACAAGUACAAAGUAAAUAAGCAAAUUGAUGAAAGCCAUUUUAGACAGCGCUGUACCAGAACAUUGCCGUUUUCCGACAAUGAAGCUCAUUUUAGCCACAAAUAAUGACGUCAUCAUAUAUAUAUCAAGGUACAUGACUUGAUUGUCAGAGAUGCCUGUAGAUACAGAGCAGAAGGGUGACCCUCCCAGCUCUUCGGUCCUUUCGUUUGCCACCUGUCUGACCACAUGGUUCGAAUAGUUUCACUUGUCAGGUCUGCGGAGCGCAUAGUCACAGGACAACCAUGCAUCCAAAAGCCUCUUGCCAAGAAUUUACGCAAAAAUGUAUUUUAUGAAGCACAUGUAAAAAGAAACACUGGAAUUACCUCUUUAAAUCAAAUCAUAACUUGUUUUUCCUUUUCGGUAUCUAUGCAUUGUGUCAUGAUCCUUCUGGGCUUUUCCCAACAUUUACACAAUAUUGCAUAAGACUUCUGAUGUAUGAAGAUUGUGUAUUUGUUUUCCAGCACUUGUAGCACAUGAUGUUGAGCAUGGUAUUGACUUCUUCCCUGUUACAACUCCGUCUCCAGCCAGGUAACGGUUGAGUUUGUUUGUGCCUGUCUAUUCACGUCCUGAUCAUGUGAUCUUUAUAAAUGAUGUAAGUGCCUUGAGGUGUUCCCUGUUUCGCCACUGAUCUAAGAGGAGCUGGAGAUUGUGGCACCAAUAUUGUGUUGCAGAUGUUUAUUGGCGUUUAGGGAGAAUGUCAAGCUGCUUUACAAACCUUUUGCAGUAAAAAUAAAAAAAAGAAAAAACUCAUACUCACAGAGGCAUAGAAAAUGUAUUUUUUAAUAGAAACUAAAAAGUGUUGUGAUAAAAAUGAUAAAUCAUUUAAGUGAUGUACAAGAACGUUUUAGGAGAACAGCCUUUAAUUUAUCUGUGAUUAAACCUAUCCCUGUUUAGUGUAUAUUUUUCCACAUUUUUUUUAAAAUGUAGGUACGUCUUCUUAAAAAAAAAAAAAGGAAACAGUAUUUUGUUUCAUGUUAUUUCUCGUUUGACUCCGAUUCUUCUGGACAACAAAGGUCAUGUUAGUCCAAGUAGCAAGCUUCUCCAACAAACACAACCAAACAUCAAUCUGCUGAAUAUUCAAUCUUUUGAAUUGUGGCCAUUUAUUAUAUUCACAAGUACUGUUGGAGAAGAGGUGGUUUGUUUGGAUCAAGAUUUAUUAUUUUUUGAAAUAUAUUCUUGAUGAAUAAUCUUGGCUGAUUGACACUUAAUAUUUGCCACCUAUGUGUUAUUUAUUUUAUGGAUGAUAAUCCCAUAGUUGGAAUUUAACACUGACAUUUCUGUUUGCCUGAAUGUAAUUCAAAUUGACGACAGCCGCCAAUGUGCUGCCAGUGUGCCAAAGUUACUGCAUAUACAGUAGCUGUAAUAUCUCAUGAGCUCAGCUCCCCCGCCGAACAGGAUCGUUCCAAGAAGUAGUAUGGAUUUGAAGUGAACCGUUUAAAGCUUCUUGACCAUCUGGACGGAAAGGAAUGUAACGGGAGCGUUAUGCAACCCUUGGCUUUUCCGGAGAUUUGGCCAACUUUGUUAUCUGGUGCAAGUAACACUUCGAUUUCUGGUCGAGGCAAAGCGUAGGCCUCCCUUGACACAAAUGCUUCCCGGUAAGCUUCAUCGUUUGAUGCCAAUCUUGAGUUAUAAUUUUUUUUUACAACCCGGCUGAACCUGCAAAUGUGAUUCAGCUUUCAGUGAAGCAACAUGAAAGGCACCCGCUGUGAUUCUACGACACCUGUUCCAGAUGAAGUAUCAAGUUUGUGCCGCGGACUUGCUCUUGGGCCUCUGUGGUUCAUUCUAACGUGUCCUCUGCUUCUUGCUCGGUUUUGUAGAGGUGUGGCAAUAGUCACUGUAUGCACUCGAUUCUGUGAACUCAAAUUUCCGGUAUGUUUGGAAAAACAUUAAAAGGUUUAUUUAAGAGUUUGGAGGGUUUUUUUUCCCUCUCAGUUUUCAUGUGAAAAUAAAAACCAUGUCGAUUUGUCCAAUGUCAACCACACUGAAAAAUAUCGCGCACCCAACACAGUAAAUGUCACAAUGAUUGUUGUUUGCUUUAAUUUUACACUGAAAGUUCAACCAAAAUCAAGUUUUUAAAUGUGGAAC